AUGGCCAGCAAGGACGUUACCACAACGUUGAAGCUGGAGACAUGCUCCUACAGCGAAAUGAAAAUCUACCCCGGCAGAGGCCAGGUUUUCAUCUCCAGGGAUGCCAAGACUCACGUGUUCCAGACGUCCAAGGUUGAGUCUUUGUACCACCAGAAGAAGAAGCCGGCCAAGCUGCGAUGGACCCAGGCGUGGAGGCGCAACAACAAGAAGGCUGUUGCCAACACCGGUAUCGGCAAGAAACGCACUAAGACGACUGUCCGCUCGCAGAAGGCCAUCGCUGGUAUGUCCCUUGACGAUAUUGAGAAGAAGAAGGCCGAAGCUGCUGCCAAGAGAACCAACUCUAAGAGAUCUGUUGCUCUCCCCGGCAAGAAGAACUAA